CUAUUUCUAGGUGCCUAAUGCAUCCCAAAAACCAGAAAUUCAAAACAAUAAAUAAAAACAUACUCUAGUAUUAUCCAAUUCCGCCAUGGGAGUAGCAGAGUAACAGCAACAGCAAAAUCCAUCCUCCACCAUUCUACUCUCUAACAUUCUCUGCAUUUCUGCAACUCCAUAAAAUGCUACUCUCCUUUCUCUCUCCUCUUCACCUCUCUUCCACCACUCCCACCACUCCCCGCCGCUUCACCUCCGCCGCCGUCCGCACCCAACCACCACCACCACCUCCACCACCGUCAGCACCGCCUAAUUCUCUCUCCUUAAACCCAAACAACCUCAAUUCUUCAUCUCCUCCUCCCUCUCUCUCUUGCGCUCUUCAGUGCCCCCAUUUUUACUCUUGUUCGGGUUGUACGCACGAGUAUGACCUCCACCAUCCGAGUAUUGUUGAUGAGGCUGCCGAGUUCUUCAAACGCUAUGGUGUUUCCGAUUUCACUUUCGACAGUUGUAGACUGUAUGGUUGGAGAUGUCGGGCAAAGCUUGCUGUACGUGGUUCAUCAGCUAACCCUAUGAUCGGCCUGUAUGAGGAGGGUACGCAUAAUGUUGUGGACAUUCCUGAAUGCAGAGCUCAUCAUCCCAACAUUAACGCAGCUGUUGAGUUGCUUCGAAAAGGUAUUGCGAAAUUGGAAGUAGAACCAUAUGAUGAAGACUUGGGGACCGGUGAAUUGCGAUAUGUGCAAAUGGUCGUAACAACACAUAGCACAUCCCUUCCGUUUUCUGAAAGAUAUAGAAAUGGUAAAGUGCAGGUGACAUUAGUUUGGAACUCAAGAAGUGAGACGACACAAAGCUCUGAGAAACUUAAUUCAUUGGCUAAUUUUCUACGGACUAAUGGUGGCCAAAGGAGCAAUGUUAACAUAAUUCAUUCCAUUUGGGCUAAUUUUCAGACUUCAAACAGCAAUAUAAUUUUUGGCAAUAGAUGGAGACAUCUUGUUGGUGAAAGAGAUUUUUGGGAGCAUGUUGGAGGAAUUGAUAUCUACUUGACUCCUUCUAGCUUUGGACAAGCAAAUACACGGGCCUUUGAUUCAUUGCUCCGCAAGUUACAUAAGUAUGUUCCUUAUGGUUCAGCAGUAACUGAUUUAUAUGGAGGAGCUGGUGUUAUUGGAUUAUCAUUAGCCGUUGCAAAAAAAAUGCAGAAGUGUCAGGUGUGUUGAGAUUAACAAGGAGUCAAAGCACUGCUUUGAGAAGACAGUCAGCCGUUUACCAAAUGUUGAUAGCAACAUGAGCUGGCAUAAUGUAGAUGCUGCUCUGGAACCUCUUUCAUGGUUGGUGGGAUCUGAUGUAAUUGUGGUUGAUCCUCCCCGAAAAGGGCUGGAUGACUCACUGCUUAG